AUGGAUUAUACGAUGUCUAUGGAAGAAGAUAACAAUCAGUCACUUUCUUCGUUGCCAGACGACGUCGUUUUGAACUGCUUAGUCCGCAUUCCGAGAAGCUAUGACCUAAACGUCUCUUGUGUCUCCAAAAGCCUCAGGUCGCUCGUGCGAUCGCCUGACCUCUACCGUUUGCGAUCCCUCUUCCACAAAGAUUCCGUCUAUCUCUGUUUCCGCCAAAACAACAUAAGCUCUCAUUGUCAUUGGUACAGUCUCUGUCGGAAUGACAGGACAAGGACUAAUAUUGACUAUCAAUUGGUUCCGGUUCCGUUCCCUUCUCAUGCUUUUAUGUUCUUUUCUUCCAUGGUCGCGGUGGGAUCAGAGAUCUACUUCAUUGGCGGACCUCUGGAUCAAUCCAAGAACCUCUUGAUCCUCGAUACCGAAUCUGGUCAACUACACGUGGGUCCAAGCAUGAGAGUGGCUCGGUACAUGCACAAAGCAGCCGUGGAAGUGGUCGACGGGAAGAUAUACGUGAUUGGAGGGUGUGAUAAGGAGAUCCGCGUGGAAGUGUUUGAUCCGGAAUCACAAAGCUGGGAGUUCGCAACGAAGGAAAAAGUGCAAUGCAUAUCGCCGUUUAGUGUGUCUUUGGAGAGGAAGGUUUAUGUGGUGGAAGAUGGGAAAGUCUGUGUAUACAAUCCGAGAGAAGGUCUAAGAAAGGAGAUGCUAGCAAAAAAGAAGAGAAAAAGAGACGAGACAAUGGAGAGGCUAAAUGGUAAAGUGAAUUGUGUGUGUGUGGUAGAGAAUGUGCUCUAUGCUCUUUUUAAAAGGAGUGGGUUAAUGUGGUUUGACACAAAGCUCAAUGAAUGGAGAAGUUUGGUUAGUUGUUAUGAUAACUACUCGUCGUUUCCCAAUAAUGUCGAUGCAAUGGCGGGAUACAAUGGAAAGCUAGCGGUUUUGUGGUCUAGGUUUGAUUCCAAUGAGAAGAAGAGUAUUGGGUGUACAUUAAUCGCAUUGGACCGGGUUGGAGAAGGGAUUCGUUGGAAAAUUGAAUGGUCUGGUGUUGUGGCCACAUUCCCUUGUAACUAUAGUUUUAUGCAUUGUUUAGUUGUCUCCAAUUGA